AUGCGCCACACAAACGCUUACGGCAGCUACAGGGACAAAACUGUCAACAACAAAAACAACAACAAUAAUAACAACAACAACAACGGCAAUAAUAAUAACAAACACAAUAACAACAACAAUACUACUACUAAUACUACUAUAAAUAGUAAUAUUAAUAAGAAUGACAUCUAUUACACCAACGAUAGCAUGUAUAACAUCUACAAUAAAAACAACAACAACAUCUAUAACAAUCAUAAUAAUAAUAAUAACAACAACAACAACAACAACAACAAUAAUAAUAAUAAUAAUAAUAACAACAGCAACAAUUACGACAAGACAAAUAUCGAAGAGAACUUUUUUUACUUUCUGCACCUGAAAUUGAAGAAAUUCUUGACGACUGUUAAGAACUUUACAAACAACAUCAACAACAACAUCAACAACAACAUCAACAACAACAACAACAACAUCAACAACACCAGCAUCAUCAACAUCAACAACAACAUCAACAACAACAUCAACAACAACAUAAACAACAACAACAACAACUGCAUCAAUAACAUUAACAACAACAACAACAUCAACGACAACAACAACAUCAACAACAGCAUCAGCAACAACAUCAACAACAACUUAAUACAAACAGUAUACAGAUCAUUCAACCAAUUAAUGCACGCCGUCUUUAAAUACCUGAACGAUGACGUAAGCGACGAAAAUGAUUUUUUCGCGUUCAUCAAUGACGUCAUUCUCGAUUCAUUGUCGUCUUUGUUGGCGUCUAAUGGUAGCAGCAGCAGCAACAACAACAACCACAGCAGCUACCACAGCAGCUAUCACGGCAGCUACAUCAACCACAAUAACAAUAGCAAUAAUAAUAAUAAUAAUACAUUUUAUGAAAAUUGGACGCUUAAAAAGUCGCAAAUAAAAUCUGCCUUCCAGAAAUUUUUUCUGGCUUUAAAGAAAACAACUGACGUCAUUUUAAUAAAUAAUAAUAAUAACAAUAAUAAUAACAACAACAACAAUAAUAAUAAUAAUAGUAAUAAUAAUAGCCGGAUGAGUUCAUUGAAUUAUUCAAGGGGUGUUCAAACUGACGUGGAAGCUGAGUUCGGUGAUAAUCUACUUCGGCUCCUGUCUAUAUACCUCUCUCUUCAAGAUUUCGAAAGACAGUCAACAACAAUGACGUCAACCUCAACAGGCAACUGCGCACCACAGCUCCAACCCAUCCUACUUUCUUCUUUCAAACACGUACUUCCGCUUCCGCUAGCUGCCUCAACCGGAAGUGACCUAGACAAACUGGACGAACUAUUCUCGAAGCGUUACGUUACGUUGCAUAAAUGUCGCCCGUGCGUUAGCUGCUGCAGCGACAACCACGCUAAACACAAUGACGACGACGACGACGAUAAUCAUGAUGAAGAUGAUUCAAAUCAGGAAAAUCUUUUGGAUCCCAGCAGCAACGAAGAUGAUGAUGAUGGUGGUGAUGAUGGUGGUGGUGGGGGUCUGGUGUUCGAGUGUGCAGCUAGCAGGAGCGAAACAUUUUACCAAGUUUUUGACGCUUCUAAGUGGUCGCCACAAUUGAGAAGGUUGAGCCAGCAUAGGCGAAGAUUGUACCAGCUACAUAACGAAACUGAGUGUGCUUGCAGACUUAAAGUAAAGCGAGGCAAGAGAAGCAUACGUAAGUUGGAAUUCGACGAAACCGUUUUGCAAAACAACAACAAAUACAACAACAAAAACAACAAAAACCACAACAACAGCAACGACAACAAAAACAACAACAACAAAAACAACCACAACAGCAACGACAACAACAACAAAAACAACAACAACCACGACAACAACAACAAAAACAACAACAACAACAAUCAACGUAUUUGCGACAAUACAUCCAGUCGUUCAGACCCAACGUACGUUAGUUCAGGUGUAUUGAAUCAGGAUCGUGUUAUUCUCCAUCCUAUUUAA